AUGGAACGUUUUCGAUGCGCAAAAUCAAGAUUUGAUGUCAAUAAAUGUAUGGAUAUUAAUGAAUGCUUGUAUAUUAAUUGGGUACAAACACACGGUGAAAAUUAG